AUCGAACCUUCUAGAACACAACUGCAUAUCCACUAUGUCAACGUCAGCAGCCGACGCCGUGGCCGGAGAAAUCACCGGUACCGACGACGGUGUUCUAGAAACUCCAUUCCUUGACUCGGAACGUUGGAACAUCCUCCAGAGUGUAACGGAGGAAGGAGGCUACGCAUACGCAACCAUGACGUCGCUCGCGGCGGCCGGAGAUAUACGAGCGGCGGAGGCGGCGAAAGAGAUGGCGUGGGAACAGUUACAUUCAGGUCCAUGGCAUUCGGUUGUUCCUAUAUGGAGAGAUGCGUAUUCAAUGGCGUGUAUGCAUUUGGCGAAACUUCAUUAUGCUAAUGGUGAGUUUAAUGAAGCGAUUAAAGCUUUAGAUAUGGGGAUUAUUAUGGGAGGAAUGAUGCUUAGGGAUGAAUUGAACCUCGCGAUUCGAAAGGCGUCGGAGAAGGAGAAAGCGAAGAGUGAUCUCGGAGAAAAAGGUGAAUCAGAGAUUAAAUUUGUUUCUCAAGAAAUUAACGUGGCGGAGGUGCAGCAGUCGCUACCUAUUAAGUCUCUGUCUUGUAAGUUAGUAGGGAAAAGGCCAGCCUUAUCGUUGGAGGCAUUUCUGAGAGAGCAUUAUUUAUCAGGAACUCCGGUGGUAAUCAGAGAUUCCAUGGAUCACUGGCCUGCUAAGAGUAGGUGGAAUGACAUGAAUUAUCUUAGAAGGGUUGCUGGCUUCCGUACAGUCCCGGUUGAGGUCGGAAAGAACUAUUUGUGCCCAGAAUGGAAGCAAGAGCUGAUCACUUUUUCUGAAUUUCUUGAGAGGAUACGGUCCAAUGAUACUACCUCUGUGGAAACUACGUACUUAGCUCAGCAUCAAUUAUUUGAUCAGAUACAAGAGCUACAACAAGAUAUUGUUAUUCCUGAUUAUUGUUUUACUGGAGGUGGGGAAAUUAGGUCGCUUAAUGCUUGGUUUGGUCCAGCCGGGACUGUGACGCCUUUGCAUCAUGAUCCGCACCAUAACAUACUUGCUCAGGUUGUUGGCAAAAAGUAUGUACGGCUUUACUCUGCAUCACUUUCGGAUGAGCUUCACCCACAUAGUGAAACCAUGCUUAGUAAUUCCAGCCAGGUUGAUCUAGACAACAUUGACGAGAAAGAGUUCCCAAAUAUAUUAGACCUCGAAUUCCAGGACUGUAUUUUAGAGGAAGGUGAAAUGCUUUACAUCCCCCCUAAAUGGUGGCACUACGUCCGCUCUCUCACGACAAGCUUUUCAGUUAGCUUUUGGUGGAGUGAUGCUGAAAAAUUAGACGACUGAUCGGUCUCGUCUCGUUUAUACAAAGGGAACCAGUCCAACCAUCAUUCUUCUGCAAAUAGCCUUGUUGUCUUUGAGACUUGUGAUGAUGAAUUUCCAAAGAGUGGCAAUCUUGCUUUAUUACUUAAAGGUUUGUCUAAUCAUUAUCAUGAAUUUAGUAAAUAAGGUGAAAAUGAAAUUCUACUUAUUUGGAACUGAGUUAUAGUUAUUGUUGUAGGAUUUCACGAGAUGAAAUGACAAAAAGGUUUAGAA